AUGGCAAAUAAAGUCGACACUAUCAAGACAUUGGGAUCUUUCCUGGAUCUUGGAAGCGGCCGCAUCAUCGGCCUAUUCAUUGCCUUCGGUAUUCUUUUCCUAUGCUUCAUCACCAUCCAACUUUACGCGGGCGAAAAAGCGAUACUCCCGCCCCGACUCCUCCGCGGGCGCAACAUCUGGGGCUCAGCCCUAUUCAGCUUCUGCCUGAACCGCGCGAUCUUCAUCUUCCUCCCAAUCUGGUUCCAGUGCGUGAAAGGAGCCUCAGCCACCGAGUCCGGCGUGAUGAACCUUCCGCUGACCCUCUCCAACGCCCUGCUGGCCAUGGGCUCCGACCUCCUCGUCACCGCCGCGCGAUAUCACUACAGCCCCGUAUUUUUCGGCCGGGCGGCGGGGCUGGGCAUUCAGCUGCCCGUGUUCGUGGUCCAGACCACCCUCCCGACGACGGAUAUUCCCACCGCCGCCGCGCUCAUGGCCUUUUUGCAGGUGCUGGGCGGCGCGAUGUUCUUCUUCGUUGGCCAGAAUGUCUUCCAGAAUCAGCUUGUCGCGGGGCUGCUACACGCGGACUUGCCGGUGGAGUUGGAUGUGCAGGCGGUUCUGGGGGCAGGGCCGGCUGGGCUGCGGGAGAUUGCCUCUGAAGAUACGCUGGUGACGUUGCUGGCGGUGUAUAAUGUUGCAGUGGUCCGGACGUUCUAUGUCGCUGUUGGUUUGGCGAUGGCUUCGGUGCUGGGGGCGGCGGUUGUGGAGUGGCGACCGAUCAGCAAGGAGAGGCGGACAACAUGGACUAAUCAUAGUGUUCUGAAGAUCAACUACAGAUACCACCAGCGAUAG